AUGGCCCAGCCGCUAUCUCCAGACAGUUCCGUAGCUAUCAGAGUCGCUCCGCUUCCCCCACGUAAGGCCGCUUCGCCACCGUACCGCCCUUUCACAAUGCACCUUAUCCCGCCCUCCGUCUCUGCUCUGGCCCGCCCCUCCCACAAUCAAACGCCUUCUUUUCCAGGCCUUUAG